CGGGGCCAGGCGAGGCGGGAACGCGCUCGCGGGCUGGGAGGGCGGGGGCGCGGCGCUGGCGAGAGCGUGCCCGGUCCCCGCCCCUGUUUCCCACUCUUCCUUCCACCUCUGACCGGCCGGGCUGCGGAGCGGCUCCGCUCGCAGGUCCCGGGAGCCGCCGCCCGCUUCCUCCGCCCGCGGUGAGCCCGUCAAUCCCCGCACAACGCGCUCCUCCAUCUGGGCCAUGGAUGGUGUUGUUACAGAUCUUAUAGCAGUCGGUUUAAAGCGGGGAUCUGAUGAGCUUCUUCCUUCUGGUGUCAUUAACGGACCUUCUACCAUGAACAAUUCUACUUCUGCAGGUGUGUAUGCUAAUGGGAAUGACAACAAGAAAUUUAAAGGAGAUAGACCUCCCUGUUCGCCUUCCCGUGUUCUCCAUCUUCGAAAAAUUCCAUGUGAUGUCACCGAAGCAGAGGUCAUAUCAUUAGGUCUACCAUUUGGCAAAGUAACUAAUCUUUUGAUGUUGAAAGGAAAAAGCCAGGCCUUUUUGGAAAUGGCUUCUGAAGAAGCUGCUGUUACUAUGAUAAAUUAUUACACUCCCGUUACUCCUCACCUUCGAAGUCAGCCUGUUUAUAUCCAGUAUUCCAAUCACCGAGAACUUAAGACUGACAAUCUGCCCAAUCAGGCUAGAGCCCAAGCUGCACUGCAGGCUGUCAGUGCAGUCCAGUCAGGAAACCUGUCCCUUCCUGGAGCUACUUCCAAUGAAGGCACAUUGCUACCUGGGCAGAGCCCUGUGCUCCGGAUAAUUAUUGAAAACCUAUUUUACCCUGUCACUCUGGAAGUUCUCCAUCAGAUAUUUUCUAAAUUUGGCACGGUGUUGAAGAUUAUCACCUUUACAAAGAAUAAUCAGUUUCAAGCCUUGCUUCAGUAUGCUGACCCAGUGAAUGCGCAGUAUGCCAAAAUGGCUCUGGAUGGCCAGAAUAUCUAUAAUGCGUGCUGCACUCUCCGUAUCGACUUCUCCAAGCUCACCAGCCUUAAUGUGAAAUACAAUAAUGACAAAAGCAGAGACUUCACUCGCUUAGACCUUCCUACUGGUGAUGGUCAGCCAUCUCUUGAACCUCCUAUGGCUGCUGCAUUCGGUGCACCGGGUAUAAUGUCCUCUCCAUAUGCAGGGGCUGCUGGAUUUGCCCCAGCCAUUGCAUUUCCUCAAGCAGCAGGUCUGUCCGUCUCGGCUGUUCCUGGAGCCCUUGGUCCUCUCACACUUACUUCCUCUGCUGUCAGUGGAAGGAUGGCCAUUCCUGGGGCAAGUGGUAUACCAGGGAAUUCCGUUCUGCUGGUCACCAACCUCAAUCCUGACUUUAUCACACCACAUGGGCUUUUUAUCCUAUUUGGAGUGUAUGGUGAUGUACAUCGAGUGAAGAUUAUGUUUAACAAGAAAGAAAAUGCCUUGGUGCAGAUGGCCGAUGCGAGUCAAGCCCAGAUAGCAAUGAACCACCUAAGUGGUCAGAGACUUUAUGGAAAAGUACUUCGGGCUACACUGUCCAAACAUCAAGCUGUCCAGCUCCCUAGAGAGGGACAAGAAGACCAAGGUCUGACCAAGGACUUCAGCAAUAGUCCCCUGCAUCGCUUUAAAAAGCCUGGCUCAAAGAACUUCCAAAACAUCUUCCCUCCGUCAGCCACACUGCAUCUCUCCAACAUUCCUCCUUCUGUUACAAUGGAUGAUCUGAAGAACCUGUUCACGGAAGCUGGAUGUUCAGUGAAGGCUUUUAAAUUCUUUCAGAAGGACCGUAAGAUGGCACUCAUUCAGUUGGGAUCUGUGGAGGAAGCAAUCCAGGCCCUUAUUGAGCUUCACAAUCAUGACCUUGGAGAAAAUCACCACCUCAGAGUUUCCUUCUCAAAAUCCACCAUCUGAUCUGUCUGUGAAAUUCUCUCCUUGUAUUGGACCAUAAUUUCUGUAAAUCUUCAGGCACAGACUGAAGCAGUUCAGGACCAGCUCUGCCUCUUCCAUAAAAGUAACUCUUGGAGUCUGACUGAUACUCAAGUACGACAGCUACUCCUUUCCUCUCAUUUCCCCUACCACUGUAUGAUCAAAAGUUUGCUUUUCCUUUGUAUUGUGGUUUCUAUGAAAAUAACUUUCAGGAAAAAAAAUCAGGAAAGUAUAUUUUAAAUAAUUUAAUUCCCUGAAUUAGAUUUCAGAAGGACAGACUUUCUUUAUGUUUGGGUCCAGAUCAGCCUUACAUGACAUUUCUAAACUCCUUUGUACUUUGAGAAAUUUAAACAUACAGCCUUUUGCAAUUUCUUGAUGUAAUUUAAAUCACCUUCUACUAAGUUUUUAACUUUAUGAUUCAGAAGUUUCCCUGUAGAACGUGACAUUCAUUCACUUGUAAGACUUGUACCAGAUGUUUGCACCUAUUGAUAGCUUAUUAUACACAACCACACGGAGUUGUAUUGGAAACAGGUCUAUAGACAUGCAUGCUUCCUUUAGUCUUCUUUCCCCCUCCUGUGUUACACUCCUUUGAAUAAUGCAUAUCUUCUCUUUUUAAGACUAUUUGGAAAAGCAAAGUGUUGCAACUGUCCCCAGGGAAAUAGAAGUGAAAUUCAGCCUGGAUCUAUUACAAUAUCAGCAUAAUUAGUCAUUUUAGAAAAAAAAAUCAUGUUUUAAAUUUCAAAAUGACAUUUGUCUAGUAAUGUAAUGUGAUCUUGGAAAAUUUUAAAAGAAAAUAAUCCUACUUUUUUAUAAUUGUUUUCAGAAAAAAGUUUACAGUCUUAAGGAAAAAUAUUCAGGUCUAUCAUAUGGUUUGACAGAGUUUUUAAAAGUUAUUUUUGGUAAGGUCUUCUUUUAGAAAAAAAAAUCUCAAGGGUUUUUUGUACCACUAUAAUCUCUAAUACUCAGAAUUACUGUGUACUUACUUAAUUUCUUAUUAUGUGCCUUAUUAUGUGCUUAAGAUAUAAUAGGUUAGGAUUUUAUCUAAAUAUCUAGGAAGAUAAAUUGUGGGCUUGGUGAGCAUUCUGUUAUUUCUUUCCUUGUCUUGGAUUUUAAGGGGUUUGGUUGUUUUGUUUUGUUUUUCUUUUUCAUCACAGUUUUAAGUGGUUUUCAAUAAGUAAUCGUUUCUAUUCAGAUCUUUGGUGCUUUGGUAUAGUGAUGGGAUAGAGAAGGGUGAGGGUUUGGGAAUAAAUAACUCAGUGUGCACCUGUAGGCCUCUACAUCAUGACUGCUGGUUACUGCCAGCGUCAGUGUAGUCAGAGCUGUAGAACUGCAGCCUCCGUUCUGAAUCUGCCUAACCUUUACUGCCCGUUAGAACUCGUCUCAGGACUACUUGAUUCUUUCUUAGUGCUCAAGUGAGAACUUGAUCUUCUUUGUUAAUGCGACUUCCUUACAGCUAGCUAGCACACAGAUUUGGAGUGUUAGAAGUGGGUUAUUUUUUAUAUUCUGACCCUCUUACUGUUUUGGUUGAGUGUAAAAGUACAUGUUAAUGUUGCCUCAGUGAUUGUGUCAUGUAAAUUUAUUCUUUUAAUAUGAGACUGCUUUUUUUAAUUCUUCAGUGCUUGAUUGGUUUUUAAAAUACAGAAUUUGUCAGAGGGAUCAAUUUUGUCCACCCCUUCUCACUUUUAAUAAUCUCAGAGUGGAUCAUCUCAUCUUUGAAAAAGUAUAUCAGUCUUUACUUUCAGCUAUUAAUUUGAACAUUACUUUUUUUUUAAAGAAAGGAAGAAAAUUUUCAUAGAAGCUGAAAGAGGUAACUAUAGGUUGGUUAGAGUCAAAUCAGAAUUCCCUCAGUGCAGAGCAACUGCUGGUAGGCUAGGCAGGGAAAUGCUAGACGGGGCAUUUCACAUGGCUCACCUCCAUGUUGGCUGAAUAGAUCGGUGUGACAGUUCUCCAGUGGGUGUUUUCCCACUUACAUUUGAGGUGUAUUUUCACCUGAAUACUGAAUAAGGGAGGGAAAAAAUUAGGACUGUCUCCUCAAAUUUGCUUUUCUUUUUUUCUCACACAGACAUUAUUUUCAGUGUCAUUUUAAAUUGGAUUGCUUCCUUUAUUUUGAGUUGGGAACUACUAUGUAAUUUAUUAAUUCUUGGCAUUCGUAACAUCCAGCAUAAGUGUAGCAAAAGUUAUUGAGAACAGAAGGGAAAUCAUAGUGGUGUUGAAUGUAAUUUUGAACUAGGGAUGGCCUUUAAUUUGAGAGAGAACAUUGAAAUCCUUUUCAGGGAUUUGUGUAGAUAUGUGUGUGUGUGUAUGUGUGUGUAUAAAUAAGUGUAUAUACAUACAUAUACUCUUUUAAUGUUAUAUAUACAUAUGCACAUUACGUACAUUUUAAUUUAUUGACAAAAUUAACAAUGAUUUGAGAACGUAGGAUAUGCUUGUUUUAAAAGAGCAUGUUUGAAGCCAUCAGAUUGUGUCUAAAAUUAGCUGUAGCAUAUGGAUGCUGUCCAUAUUUGAGCUCUUUACUGUUUGAAUUAUAGAGGUCUACAGUAUUUGUGUUAAAUAUCAGGGUGGUGGAGAAAUUUGGUCUGUGUAUUUUUAUUUUGGCAUGCGCUGAUUCAGGAUCUUUUAAGCAGUGGUUUAUUUGUGCUGUUGACCUGUGACGACUUGCAGAGAUAAUUUACUUUGUUUUGUCACUUUUGGGUGUCCUGACUUUACUUCAUAAAGCAUAUACAUUCAGGACUUAAGGAAAUAGCAGUGCACCUUCAAUAAUAUCAUUACAUGUCAAGAUGUCUUACUUUGGGAUUUGGAUGUGUUUUGUGACAGGUGAGAAUAUAUUCUCUUAGUUGACAGUUUGUUACACCUUCAGGAUUACCUGGUACCCCCACAGAAUGUCAUGAGAUCUUUGGGACUAAAUGCCAGCUCUUAGUGUUUGCACUGAAUGUUUCAGAGUCAUGGUUGCAGCUUCCUCCUUUGUCUUUCCCCACUGUGGUGAGUAAGGGUCCUGUUGAGGUUUGGAAUGAGCCCUUAUGAUCCAGGCAUAGUAGCACACAGCUGCAGUUGAAGCACUGGAGGAAGAUGAUGGUUGUGACUUUAAACCCAGCCUGGACCGAAGGCCAUGGUCCGUGCUAGUCUUGGCAUUACAGAAGACCGGUGCCUUCCUUUCCCCAAUUAAUCUACUGUCAACUUUUAAGUCUUCAUCAUGUCAUUUACUUGAGUAUAUUAAUGUGCAGUUCCUUGUUUAGUCCCAUUAAAUAUUUUUGCAUUAAAAAAACGACAAGCUCAGAAAUAAUGAUUUUGUGUGUGUGUGUGUGUGUGUGUGUGCCUCAGUGAAUCUACUUGUAAACCCCAAACUUAUCUCUUAGAAAACUCAGUGUGUAUUGCUAUUUUUAUAACCAAAAAGCAUGGCUAUGAUCGGAGCAUUUUUCUUAGCCUUUCUUUUGUCUUGAUCUCUUGUCCAUGGGAAUAAAACUGCCAGACUUAAAUCCUCACUAUUGUGCUAAAGCAGACACAAUUUAGAUUGUACAUAACCUUGCCAUGUAACUCAGCUGUCUCUUUAAGGAUCGUGUUAGGGUUAGACUGUUUGCAGUCCUUUUUCAGAGCAAAUCCGAACAGGUACUUGUGAAUUGUUUAAAAAAUAGAAAAUUACAGAAAUCUUAAUUUGGGGCGGGUCUUAAAGGGAGAAAACAAACCAGGACCAAAGUUUAUGUGCCUUUUUCAGUAGUCUUAAUUGAUCUUUUCUUCCUAUUUGAGACUAAGGUAACAUUCGGAUUUUGGUUUUCAGGAAAUAUCUACUAUAUAGAUUAAAGGAAUGUUGUUCUACAAACUGUUCACACAAGCGAAUAGUUAGAACUGAAUAAAAAGUUACACUCUUGCCUUCAGCACCUAAUGCCGAGCAUUGAACCAAACAAGAGCAGAGCUGCUCCAUCUUCAUGUUGGUCACUUGGCUGUCACAGCUCGUCAGGGACCUUGGUGUUGAUAGCAGCCAUAACCGAAAGCUGCCUGUGGCAAACUUCACUUAACACUGUCAGCAGUGCAUUGUCAUGUUCUCUGUAGUAGUUGUAAGAACAGGUAUUUUAGGUAGGAGAGUUUUGGGGGGUUUUUUGGAGCCAUUAAGACUAUCAUACUCUAGUCCUUUUUGUUUCUUGCUUGUCUUUUGUUGUUUGUUUUUGUUUUUUCCUUGCCACUCAUUGUUACCCAGAUCUUUAAAAACAUCCCAUAUCCAGGAAGUACUAAUUACAAAGAUUGCUGACCACACCAAGUUUUACAUUGAAAUUUCACCUCAUUGCUCUGACCAAAGACUGCUUGUUCUGGUUUUAACUCAUUUUCCCUGAGCUCUUUUCUGAAAGAUAACAUGCAGAGCGGCCUUGACUUUUCAUUUUCUAUUGGUGAAUAGACUGCUUAGAGAAAAUGGGAGUUUACUAUGAACAGAGUGGGACAGCAACGAUGGAUAGUUAUUUUCAGUACUGUAUUUGAGGGGGGCAAAUAGCACAGCUAGAAGCCUCUAACAUUGUCUAGUGUUUUACAUGGUCUGUUCAUAAAAUUCCCUUUUUCUGUUUGUAAGAAUGUUCAUCUAACAGAAGAAAAUGCUGUAAAUAUUUGUAACAACUUUUUUUAAAACCAGGCCAAAAAAGAAAAAAAAAGGUUUUCGGGAACAAGUUAACAUAUAAAGUGGUUUUAUAUAAAACAGCGAUUGUCUUGUAUAUUUUGAUAAACAGCAGUACCAGAUUUCAUUUGUAAUACAGUUUGUGGUAUUGGAAGAAAAGGAUUCUGUGAUUGUCUAAGUGAAUUAUGUUAUAAAUGCAAAAAGGAGAAAAUAUUAAAAACCAUAUUUUCUAACUGUGUAGUGCAUGGUUAAUUUAAGCUUCUGUACACUACAAUAUUGAUUCCGUUUCCCUUCGGUUUGUAUAUUUGAUAACUGUUUCUUGGAAUCUCAGUCUCUUUUCCUAACACGUAUAGCAUUGUAGCAUGCCUUUUAAUAAAUGUCAUGGCAUCUGUACUCUCUUAA